AUGAAUGCACAAAGAAAUAAUGUUGAAGGAACAUCUGGACCUACUAGUAAAGGUCUAGAUCAAUUUCCUGAAUCUCCAAACUCAACAUUCUUUGUUCCAGAAGAUACAGCUGGUCCAGAUUUGGUUUUUAUGGUUCAAUUUAAAGUGAAUAUAAAACCAGAAAAGGCCAUCAGAACAACAGAUCCUAAUGCAUUUUAUGCAUAUCAAAAGAAAGAAAAUGAAUUAGGUGAUGAUGAACCAAAUUUCACAAAUGAGCCACUUGUAAAUUAUUGA